UUUAAUUUUAAAGAUAUAGUACAUCUUUUUAAGAACUAUUUUUAGCUCUCAGCAAACGUUCAUCUAAUCCAUUACGUAGAUCGAAGCGUAACUAAAGACUCUGCGCUUAAACGAUUUUUGUUACGCAGAUACACGUUGUAAGCAACGAGUUUUAUAUGCUGACUGUUCCCUCGGACUAUGCUGUGGUCAUCGUUAUUCCAGACGAUUGAGUGCAGUUGUUAGCAAUUGGUAAUUCAGUACAAUCGUCAGACGCUGGAGGCAGCGAGGGGAAAGGUCGCACGACGCAGCGCCCGUGGAAAAUGUCAGAAAGAUACAUGACGCAACGUAAUACGAACACGAGGGAACCAGGUCUUGAAUGGUCGCUGAAUCCGUGGCAAAAAGUGUGCGAGAAAACAGUAAUUGAAAAAGGGAAGGAAAAAAAGGAGACAGCUUAAAUUCUUGAAGAAUUUUCUUGCGAGGGAAAAGUACGCGACUCUCUAGGUGCGUCUUCAUUAAAUUAUAUAAUAUAAAAAUUACUCAUUUAAUGAAUGUAUUAUAUAACGUUCUCUUUAAUUCAUGAAUUAAUUCAAUUCUGAACACUUCUUAUUCCCAGCUUGUGUUUCCGGUACGGUCGGCGGGAGGGACGAACAUGCUGUCGGAAAAAAAGAAGAAGCAAAACCAACACGACGCUCGAUCUCGUUGCGACAGUUUGGAAUUGAUACAAAAGAGUUUCCAGCCGGCUCCUCCUCGCACUUUUCCCGCGUGUGGGAUGAAACAGUAACGUUUAAAGCGCUGGGCGACCACCACCUCCUCUGGGAGGGUGGGUGAGGACCUCGCCAAAUAUUUGGUUAGUCUUUGAUGGGCUUCGAGAAAGGACAAGGAAGGUACCGGUGGCGACGUGGGAGGAGGAUUCGGACAGAGGGAACGAAGAGGUAAGGAAUGGGGGAGAGAAGAAAGGUCCGAAAGGAGGAAAGGGAGAAGGACGAGUGGAAGAGAUGGAGGCGCGUGCUAAGGUCCACGAACGGAACGGCGGAUGAGCCGUAAGAGCCGGAGAAUGCCGGGCAUUUUUAUUGGUUCCAGCUUUGGCUCUCCUUGAAACUCGGGAAGCCGAUCAGCCGGACAGAAGGAUCGUCGAAUCUGAUCUCAUAUGUGCCUAUAUUCCCUUCUCCCCCGACACAGUCUGCGCAAAGGUAAAGGAAGACUUCGGGGUGUGUGCGUACAUGUCGUCGAAUUGAAUUCGACGCCCGAGAGGGUUGAAAGUGCUGUCGCGCGCGGGGCGACGACGAGUGCUCGUCGACGGCCGGCUCUGAAGAGAGCGUAGCGGGGAUGUUGGCAAAUACGUAGGACGCAUUCAGAUCAGCCUCCACAGGCCGAGGGGACCUACCGAACGGGAACGACGACGGAGAAGUAGAAAAGGUUUUACGGGGCGCGUCAGCAAGAGACAUCAGAGGCCGCACCAUUUCCUCUAGCCGAAUACAAAUGAAAUACGUGCGAAUGUAUCGCGUGUUGCUCCUUUGUACCUUACAAGAAUCAAUGCGUGAAGGAGGAAACUUUGUCCUGACAAAGCGAAGCUUCUCCUCGCGGUCCUACUUUUCAUGUGAAUAAUUAAUGGAACGGUCAAGUUUCAAACAUCUUUCCUUCACGUGGUUUAAUUUAUCAUAAGAGUAUAAUUUCUUUUUUAUAAUUUAGUAUCCUAUUCAGAUUUUGAACCAAUAAUAUACAUAAUAUUUCAUAUUGUAAACUUUAUUAUAAAAUGUUUACUUUGAGAAUUUUACUUGUAGCAGAUUAGGCUUUGAUUGACGUUGCAUCUGGACUUUCAUAUGUCCUAUACAUUUUUAAAGGAUUGAAACGUUAUAAAUGUAACGACUUCGGAGGAUUUGCGAAGCAGCUGGGAAGACAGAAUAAAUAUUGAUACACGUCAAAGGGAACGUCGCGUGUAAAUGACAUUCCGGCAGGAUCGCGAAAUAUAGCACGGUAAUACGCGAGACGGAAAAUAGCGGCAAUACUCUUGAGUGCCUCGGAUGGUGGCCUGGGGGAUCUAGGGACCACAGGAUAAGGAUUUGCUUUCGGUAGGGGAGAGAGACACUCGUGCGAAUGCUACAUACGGGAAUGCAUAUGCAGGGAACAUGGUCGUUCUAGGUGCGUCUAACCGGGGGUGCUUAUCGGAGGGCGCUCGAUAAAAAAUAUGACGGUAAAUAAAAUGAAAAAUAUUUUUCGUUUACUAUAUUUUAUGCAAUCGAGUAACGAGACCUUGUUCUUCUAAAUUUAAAAAUUAAUUUUCAGAUUUUAGUGUAAGAAGAUUGAUAUAAGACUGCAAAACAAGCUGAAACGUAAAGAUAAAUAUUAAACAAUAAAUACAGAACUAUUUGCUUCCACAACACGACGCAAAUAUUAAAUGCAAAUAUUAAAAGUAUCUCCGUAUUUGAAACACGUAUGUUUCAACUUUCUUUCAAGAAUCACGAAAGGGAGAAGUUAAUUGGAUAUCAAUAUGUAUAUCAAGAUGCCAAUUAGUUAUUAAUCGAAUAAAUAUUAAUAAAUAAAUAUUAACAUAUUGUAAAUAUUACAAUGUAUAUUAAAAUAUGAUUCCCUGACAACCCCCUGAUGCAAGCGUAUCAUGACGAUACAAAGCAAGCUACCUGGUUCUGCAUAGAGAAAGACAUUGAUGCCCAAACUUGUACAAAACAAUGUGGUCUCUUACGAUCACAAAAAGUAAAAGGAAUCGCCCCGAGGCCGGAGCGAUCAUGGUCGCUUAUCGAACUUGAAAUAUCGUCAGGCCGAGGGUGCCGAGAUCACCUCGACACACUGCUGGUCUCUUCGAGGGUCCCAUAGUCCAUACCCUUCUUAGAUCAAUAAUACCAUUCCCGUGGCGGCGCAUGCGUCCCACAGCGUCUCCCGUUACAACCCCCAUACGCGAGCUGGUUUCCACCCCCGUUGAGCCGCGUUCAGGGCGCCGCGUGCCCCUCCAUGCAACAUUCAUAGCGCUAUCAAUAUUAUACGCGCGAAAUAAUAACCUGUGCAUUUAUUAUAAGAAGGGGGAGAGGCGGCCGAUAUAAAAAAAGAAAUACGCUCGGGAUCAAGAUAAAUGCGCGUGUAAACUGUUAUGCAGAUCCAUCGACCAUCGAUAAAGAGUCGCGAGAAACAAGAUGGAUCGGUGCGCGCAAUUUGUCUAGCGACCAGGCAGCGAGAAAAUUAGCGAACCGAUAUGUAAAUAAGGAGAAUAAUCUGCAAUUGUAUCAAAAUAUUAUUUUUCAUCAUGACGAUAUUAUGAAAACUUUAUAGAAAUAUUAAGAAUGCGAAAUUCUGUUUAUGUGUCAAUAUACUGUUAAAUGAAUUAAACAUUUAAAUGUUUGCAUAAAUAGUGUCGACGUGUUGCAAGUGUAAUACAUUGUUUGCGUACUAUGUUAAUCAAUAAUAGAUAAUCAAAGUAUGCAUCACAUUUGUAUUAGAUAGAUAAUUAAAACGCAAUAAGCGAUUAGCCUUGAUACGUGGAAUAGUAUGAAUACUAAAGUACCAUUAAAAAUAUACGUCUCUUACGCAACUAUAUGUGAUGACGCUCUUAAGAGAGUAAACAUCUCAUGAAAGAUGCGAAAGAUCUCGACUCGAAAUUCCGGUUUUCUGGCGAUACGGACGACAGUUGGCAUUCGUAGUUGCGGAUCCGACUGAGAGAGGCUCGCGCGUGACGUGGCCACUUAAAACUAUAAUAGUAUAAAAGACUGUACAUUAGUUUACGUUACGGCCGCAAAUCGAAGUGUAGAAAAUACGAACGCAUCAUUCAUUACGAAAAGUGAUUUACAAUCUCGCCUCAUCAUCGUCAUUUCGCUUAUCGCGCGUCAGUCACCUUUACAAAUGUGUAGAUAACGAAAGAUUUACUUUUUCAAAGGAAAUCUCAACUGUGCGAUCAAUUCAUAAUUGCAUUAAAUAUAAAGCGCAAUUUGACGCUGACUAAAAAAUUCACGGAAUGAUAAACGUGAUCGUAUGAUAAAUCGCAGCUUAUCGCAAUAACAAGUAGCAGAAAUAAAGUGUGUUACCGGAUAUCGACUUUAUCUUUUGAUCUCGACGUCUUUCAUUUGAAACUGUCAGUUUCGAGGUUGAUUAAGCUACAUAAAACAAAUAAAGCUAUCCGUUUUCGUGCAAUAUUUCGUACAAUUUCACGGCAAACGUGAUCAAAAAUCUUCUUGUUAAAAUCAGAAACGUGUUACGACUUUUCUGCCAUGUCUAAGCGAGUGCCAAAAUUCGUGAUAACCAAAGAAACUAAAGAUUAUUUUAUGAGCACGCACUUCUGGGGCCCGGUAUUCAACUGGAUGAUACCCAUAGCGGCCAUAUCCGACACGCGAAAACAUCCGAGAAUCAUUAGCGGCAAAAUGACUGUGGCCUUGACCUUCUACUCUUUGGUCUUCAUGCGAUUUGCUUGGAAAGUACAACCGCAAAAUUUGCUGCUCUUCGCGUGCCACAUAACUAACACUGGGGCUCAGCUCACGCAAGGUUACAGGUUUAUCAUGUACCAUUACGGCCAGCAGCAAGAGCCUAGAAAAACCGACGUAGGAAGUCAGCAACCACACGAAAAAUCUGUUACAACAACAAUUUGAACGCUUGGGAAAUGUAAACUACGAAACGAUAAAACAUUAAUAAAAAAAACAUGAACUCUUUGAUUCA